AUGUUCCAACUGACCUUGCGCCACCAUAGCAAACGCACGCCCGGUUAUGUGUUUUGGCGGCAGAGUACUCUGGUUGAACUUGAACAUGCUAGGCGGAAUUAUCUGUUGUCAGAGCGGCCCCUUCCAAUCGCUGACGUUGCGCGUCGGAUGGUGCGUGUGAAGUCACGAUAUCUGGACACGAAAGACUUCAACGAGAAGAGCCUACUGCGGGGCGAGUACAAGUACUUUUCCGGGAAAUCUUGUGACAUCCGGCAUGCACGACCCGAAGACCUGGUUGCUUAUGUUGAAUGUGGCUCUUUCUUCGGUUUUUGGGACGCGGCUCAAAUGAAUCGCAUCCUUCAAGAGCUGUUGCUGAAGCUUGAUGAGCUGGGUGCUGCGGAACUCUUUCACCUCUUUACUUCGCUUCCAUCACUGCGAAAGCAGACGGGCGAGUUGCAUUUCUGCGUGGCCCGCCGUCUUGUCGAUGAAAUAUCGAAUCUCACAGUAGAUGAGUGUAUCCACGUUUGUGCGGCAUGCGAUCAGGCAACGCCGCGCGAGCUUGUGCGGGGCUUGGUCCAAAUGAUUGGACCGAUGGUUUCUAACCGUGCACUUAGCGCAGCGCAGUGUGUUGAGAUAAUGGACACACUUGGCGCUUGUUGCCUUCCGGGGGAGAACCGUGAGUUUGAUCUGUUUUUUAAGGAUACAAAAGAAGUUGUGGUUUUGGGGAUGACUACUUUGGGCGUGAUGGACAUCGCUGUUGCCUGCACCUCAAUGAGGCUCCUUGGUAUUUUGGAUGCCAUCACAGAGAAGGAGGCAGUUCGUUUGUUUACGUCUCGCUUGAAUGAGACAUGUGCGAGUUCGAUGGCUAUGAUGUUCUCGGCUGUUGGGAGCGAUUUUAUCUUCUGCCAAGCUGUUGGGGAGAGAGUCGUUUACCUAGCCACAGACUUCACACCAAGCGAAAUGCUUAGCAUUUUUGCAGUGUACUUGACCAACAUCGUUUCACUCUGCCCGGCGUCUAGUGGAGGAGUCGCCAUCGGUGACAGUGCAUGUGAGAUGCCGCAGGAGGAGUGGACCGCGGGUCGCGGUGUUGGCGAGCGACAUUUUGCUCAUCAGCGUCGAAAUGACCUCCUCAAUGUGAUUAGGGAGUUGAUGGACCAGACAUUGUCGUUACUCGAGUCGGCUUCAGCCUACGUGUCACCAGUUUCUCAGCUCCAGUUCGUGGCGGUGUUCCACCGUGCUGUUGAAAAUCUCUGUGGUGAUGUGGAGCAGCUUUUGAAUUUUCUUCCUUCUCUGAACCGUUGCAUGCAGCUGCUUUCCGCAAAACUGAUUGCAUCCCUCACGCAGUACACAUAUUCUGAACUGAUUGUGCUGCUGCAAAUGUGCAAUCCACUAGGCAGACUGCUGACAAACGCCGCGGUUGGAGCAGUCGUACAUGAACUCCUCCGGCGGGAGGUCGGUGCUUCUGGGGGCGAAGCCAUGUCAAUCUACGCAACUCUUCGGCAGCUCACGGGGUUGCGAGCCGAGUAUCGUGUCCGAAUUGAAAGGGACCUCCUGCCAAGGUUGCUUGCCCGGUGCUCGCACACUUAA